GAGACUAGAUAAGUAUAAGUUCAUUCAUAUAGUAAGGGGGCUCAUUCCUUGAGACCGGAUGCAAAAUGGUGUCUUUUCUACCACAGUGUCUGAGAAAGUUCGACUCCGCAAGAGUUCUCUGUCGCGGUGCCGGAUCCAUGCAUGAAGACACAUUUUGCGCUCAUGGUGAGAAUGGCUACAUUGACUCAAACGCUGCUGUGAACAUGUUGCCGGGGCCGGGGCAACCGGAAGGACUGGCUGCCAACUGGAGCAAUGAUACGGAUGGCUGUGGAGAUGUUGCCUUAGCAAAGGCACUGUACGAGUACUGCGUUAAUCUUAAUGGAUCCAUCCCUUUACCAACUAUCACAAACCUACUACCCUUCCUUAUAGCCCAAAGCGACGCUGGUUCUUCUUUCAAGAACAUGUUGGGAGUAUCAGCCAUGCUUUAUGGAUGAAACUACACUAAACCUGAUACUUCGCCCAGGAUAUCUUCUUCAUCUCAUACUCCCUCCGAUUCCGAAAUGCUCUUACCUUCA